CCAUGUCACACUGUGGACCCAGCAGCAGCGUGACCAGGCGGUACGGAGGCCCAUGGCAGAUUACAGGCCUGGCAGCAGCAAUGGGAGGCCCGUAAUCUGCUAUUGCUUCCGCAUCAUCAGGAGAAGAGGGUGGCAGCUUGGCAGCGAGCAAAACAGUCGGUGGGUUGUCUCCAUCGCCACACUCUGCCAUGUGCCACUUUCAGGUCUCCUCACACACUGCUGGUGUCCAGAGUCUGUCAUGGGUCCCUGUACGGCCUCCCAUUGCUGCUGUCUCCAUCGCCACACUCUGCCAUGUGCCACUUUCAGGUCUCCUCAC